UGCCUGUCCACCGGCAGUCCCUCCAGGGCCCCCGGCAGCGCACAGCAGCUGGAAGCAGGGAGGAGGGGGCAGACGGGAGGCUGGAGGCCAGCUGUGCGCCCAGGAGACCAAUCGCCACUCCCAGGAGCCACAGAGGAGCCAGACCAUGGCCGGGAAGCUGAAAAAAUCCUCUCUGCACGGGGUGACCAUCCGGCAGCUGGUGGAUGAGAUCCCUGAAGGGUGCAGCACGCCAGACUUUGAGCAAAAGCCGGUCACCUUAGCACUGCAGGAAGGAAAAAAUGCCAUCUUCCGGGCUGUGGUCUGCGGGGAGCCCAGGCCCGAGGUGUACUGGCAGAGCAGCAAAGGCGAGCUCAGCAACUGCAGCAAGUACCAGAUCUCCUCGGCCCCGGGCAGCAAGGAGCACGUGCUGCAGAUCAACAAGCUGACGGGUGAUGACAUGGACCAGUACCGGUGCUGGGCAGUGAACGCGUACGGAGAGGCCACGUGCUCGGCCAGACUCACAGUCAUCGAAGUUGGCUUUCGGAAGAAUAGGAAGCGGCAAAAGGAACCCCAGGAGGACCUCAGGCAGCAGCUGGCAGAGUUCCGGAAGAUGCUGAAAAAGAGGGCGCGGCCCCCCGCCCCCGAGAAGGUGGUGGACCGCGAGCAGGUGUGGCAGCUGCUGAUGACCGCGGACCGGAGGGACUACGAGCGACUGUGCCUGAAGUACGGCAUCAUGGACUUCCGCGGCAUGCUGCGGAAGCUGCAGGAGAUGCGCCAGGAGAGGGAGGACAAGAUGGCUCAGUACCUCAACUCUGUAUCCAACUGGAAACACAUCAAAAUCACCAAGGAGGGGAUUGCAACGUUUGAGCUGGAGCUGGACCUCAAAGAUUCCGAAAGCAAGAUUUACCUGUACAAGGAUGGCGAGAUGGUCCGCUACGGCUUCGACAGCCAGAGCAAGCGCCACGUGCGACGGCUAGGGAGGCAUUACCAAUUCCAGAUCCAGGACCUGUGGCCCGAGGACGCUGGCAUCUACCAGGUCAAGGUGGAGGACGCUGAAGUCUUCUCCACAGAACUGGAUGCCAGUGCCAUCCCGCCCAGAGUGGUCGUGCCGCUGGCCGAGGUCCACUGUGACGCUCAGGGUGACGCCGUCUUUGAGUGCGUUCUCUCCAGACCCUGCCCCAGCGCUGCCUGGAGUUUCCAGCGCCGCCCACUCCAGCCCAGUGACAAAUAUGAAGUGUCCGUGUCCCCCGACGGGCUGACCCACCAGCUGGUGGUCAGGGGAGCCCGUCUAUCAGACAUGGGCCCCUAUUCCCUGAGCACCGGGCUCUACGCCUCCAGCGCCUGGCUGGUGGUUGAAGAUGGGGACAAAGGCCUUCUGACCACCAGUGCUGACCUCCAAGUUCAGCUGCAAGGAGCCCAGACCUCAGAAGCAGGAGAAUUCGGGAGCGCCAGCAGCGAGGGGGGGAGGCUUAGAGGGCAGGGCCCCGCAGGGAGCUCCCACGAAGGGGCUGGGGGGGCUCCCGGGCUGCAGCUCACAGCUGGCCCAGACACAGGCGGCCUUGGUGGGCAUGGCUACGCCGCGAUGGGGGACGAAGGCGCCGCUGACUCAGCCUGGGGCCCUGGGCAGGCGAGACAGGGCUUUCUGGACGCAGAGCGGGGCAGAGCUACUCCUCCCGGGGAAUACCAGCUCCAGGGCGAGGGAGGCUGGGACAGGAGCCUCCUGGGGAGGCCCCUUCCACAGGGAGAGGGACCGGGGUCAGGGCUGGGCCUGAUGGAAGGUCACGGUGGCAGGGACAGUGACGGGGACAGGCCUGGUGGGACGGCAGGGUCCCAGCACCCUUGGGCUGGAGGACGCGGGAGAAGUGAGGAAGGACAGGGACAACUCUGGGGGUCCCAGUCUGGUCCUAUGGGGUCUUGGUCCGAAGGGGAAGCCAUGGAGGUUUUGCAGGGGGAGAGCCUCGGUGAGGUGGGGAGAGGGGAAGGUCUGAGCAGGGAACGGGAGAGGGGCGCAGCCGGGGCCGUGUGGGGUCCGGGCACCGGCCUGGGGGAGGCUGGAGCCGGCAGUGCCGCCGGGGGUCCUGGCGCCCUGGGGGCUCCUGGAGGAAGAGGGUCUGGCUCCAAGGCAGGCGGGGGCCCUGAGACUUGGGACUCUCGGGGAGGUGACAGUGAUGACCAUGGGGAAACACGGGGCUACGGGGGGUCAGGGCAGUUUCCAGGACAGACAUCUGCGGGCAAGGCCCCCCAGGAACCUCCAUCAGCUGGUGGCAGAACUGAGGGCUCCUGGCCGGAGGCAGAUGGUCACGGCCCAGGGGAGCUUGUGGGUGGGGGAAGGGGCUACAAAGCCAGCCCUGGGGGACCAGGAGGUCCUGAGGGCUGGGAAAGGGGUUCUCAGGGGUCCCAGGGAAAGUGGGGCCAGCAGACAGGGGUCGCCUUGGGUGAGGCAGGGGACGGCUAUGGAAGCCCCGAGGGUUCCCAAAGCUGGACAGCAGGUCACAGGGGGGCAGGGGAGGCUGGCAGGAGAGGGGCUCAGAGCUCAGGUCCUUGGGGUGAUACAAGGUCCAGCCUCAGCCAAACCGGGACCCCACACGGGCCUGGGAUGCUGGGGUCUGGUGGAGGGGAAGGGGGUGUGAGUGGGAAAGGGGGUGUGAGUGGUGCCCAGGGGGCUGGGCUGCUGGGGUCUGGCCAGGAGGUGGAUGCCAGAAGCCACAGGCUACUUGGCUCCCCAGGCCAGGGCGCUCAGAGCUCAGGGGGGACGCCGGGAGGCACGGAUGUAUCCCGCGGUCCAGGAGCCAUGGGGUCUGACCCAGACUUCUGGAACGGGACGUGGGGUAGUAGAGGGGGGCCCGGAGGUAAAACGGGCUCUAAGCCUGGCUCAGGGGACCUGGGGGGAGUGGGGUCCAGCUGUGCCGAUGGCUCAGGGCUUUUUAGGGGGAUCGGUCCUGCAAAUGGGGCCGGUUCUGGUGAUGGCUCAGGGGCGCCAGGAGAAAUGGGGUCCGCGCGUGGUGCUGGCUCUAGUGUCGCCUCAGGGGCACCUGGAGGAGCAGAGUCUGGGGAAGCCUCCAGGCAGGGCUCACAGGUACCUGGAAACCAAGGCGGUCACGGUCCUGCAGGACGGGGGCCUGGCGGACUCGCUGGUCUCAAGAACGGGCCAGGAGGCCCGGGUGGAGGGCCCAUGGGUGAAACCAGAACACAGCCAGCGGCUGGGGACACAUCCAGAGGCAGGGGCGAUGCUGGCCCUGGGGGAAAGUAUAGCUCCGAUGGUGGCUUAGGGAGUCAGGGGACAGUGGGGACUGUUGGGGAGGGACAUGUAGGGGCAGAACCGGGGGGCUCUGGAAGAGUAAGGCCUCAGGGUUCGACUGGAGACGCCUCCGGAGCAAAGGGGGCCUUUGGAGAAGGGGGUCCAGGAGCCGUGGAACCAGGGUCUCUGAGGACAGCGGGCAAAGCGAGUGGUGGGGAUGGAGCCAGGGGCCUUGGUGCUGGGGCCCCUGGAGCUGGAGCUGGAGGGGACGAUACCAGGCGCCCCGAGGCACAGGCCCUGCACGCAGGGCUCAGCUCUGAGAGCCAGCAGUCUCACGGGUCUGGCCAUGGGCUGGGUUCUGGGGAUGGAUCCGGAACUCUGGGGCCUCAGCACAUUGGAGGCAUGACAGCUUACGGAGGAGGGUCAAGGAGCCUUGGACGUGGGGGGACAGGGCCAGGGGCCGAGCUGGGCUUCGGACAUGGUGCAGGGGCUCUGGGAGGAAUGGGGUCAGGGGCUGAGGCAGGUUACAGGGACGGGAUUGGGGGUGCCGGGGAAAUGCGGUCAGCCGAUGAGGCAGGUCAUUGGAAGGAUUUGGGGGCACCUGAGGGGAUGGGAUCAGGGGGCAAAGCAGGUGAUAAGGAUGGUUUAAGGGGGUCUGGGGGAGCCACGUCAGGGGCCGAGGCAGGCCAUAGGGGAGGCUCGGGAAGGUCUGGGGAAGCGAGGCCGGAGGGGGACAAGGGCUACAGAGAUGGUUCCGGAGGGGCUGGAGGAGCAGGCUCACUGGCUGGAACGGGACACGAGGGGAGACCCAGGGGCCAAGACGCCAUGGGGCACGGGUCAGGACACGGGGCGGCAUCAGAGGCGUCUCACGGAGGCACAGGCCCCCAGGGCGGUCCAGAGAGGAGCAGAGGGAUGGGGCUGGUGGAUGGGGCCGGUCCUGGGGGGGGCGCAGGAACAGCUGCCAUUGUGGGUGCUGCAGACGGGCAGGGCUCUGAGAAAGGCCGUGGGGGCUCUGCAACCUCAGGGACCCCUGGGGAGUUGGGGGCUGUUGGGUCAAGGGGAAAAGCAGGUGCCAGACAGUGGCAAGAUGGCUCUGGGACCUCACGGUCCCCUGGGGCUCCCGGUAGGGAGGGUGGGUCUGCAGACCAAGGGGGUGUGCAGGUUUCUGGCUCUCUCAAUGGUAGGGGGGCAGUGGAGGGUGACACCUGGGCAGAGACAGCUGCUCUGGAAUCUAGACAUGACGGGGACUCGUGGAAAGCAAGCCCAGGGACAGCAGACAGGGGUGGAGCUGCUGGCCAGGCAGGACUGGCGUCUCGGAGGGCAGAAGACUUACUGCCGGGAGGCAAGGGGUUGGCAGCGGCACCAGGGAGCCCGGCAGGCACAGGCCAGGCUCUGGGCAGUAGCCAGACACCCCAGGAAAGGGGCAGCUCUGCGUCCGAGUCUGCCGACGGGCGAGAGAUAAGCCGCGCUCGGGGCCCAGGCUGGGAAGACCAGGGGCUCGGCCGAGGCAGCACAGGAACUGGGGGGCAGCUCCCGGGCUCCAGGGCGUCCAGCUCUCUGAAAGGAGGGGAUGCCACUUCCAGUGCAACCCAGGAAGGGCCAGAGGGCCGCAGGGGCCAGGAGGGGGCUGCGGGCCGAGAAGAGGCUGGCGGGAGGCAAGGCCCAGGGGCCCUGGACAGCACGGGUUCAGGUCCUAGAAGGGGCAGGUCUGCUGGCCUCGGGGACUCGAGUGGAGCUGGGAGCGGCCGAGAAGGUCCCUCGGGCAGAAGAGAGUCUGCAGACAGAUCCGGGGACGUCCGGGGCCCGGGCUCUCCGCUGAGCAGGAGGCAGAGGGGAGAGAAAGACACACUGGAGGACGAGGGGUUCCCGAAUGAUAGGGCCCACGGUCCAGGGGCCCUGAAGGAGCACGAGGGACAGGCAGCAGGAGAGCCUGGCCGGUCAGGCGGGAGGCACGGCCUCCUCAGACGCAGGUCCCAGACACAGUCAGAAGCCGAGGCUGGAGCCACCGAGAGGGGGGUAGCAGAUGAGGCCAGAGGCAGGAGGCAGCUGCCUGCAGAAGAGGACACAGGCCACCCUGGGGAGAGUCUCCACGAAGGCCGGAGCCGCAAGCCCCCGGGGCAUCUUGGCGGCAGGAGAGCGGGCACAGACGGCAGGCCGGACAUCUGUGGCCAGGAGAGCAACGCCACCCAGAGUCCCAGGUCCAGACGCAAGCCUGACGCUGGGGGUUUCUCCGAGGAGGCCCGAGCCCCUGUGGGCCACUUCUCCCAGGGCCUGGCUGACACGGAAGUGCAGCUGGGAGAGGCUGCCGUGCUGUCCUGCACCCUCAGCCGGGACCUGGGACCCGGUUCCUGGUUUAAAGAUGGAGACAAGCUCAGCGCCCAGGACGGGCUCGUCUUCGAGCAGGAUGGCCUGGUGCACAGGCUCAUCAUUGAGAACGUGCAGUGGACCCAGGCCGGGAAGUACAGCUUUGCCGUUGGCAACCAGAAGACAGAGGCCACCCUGACCGUCCAAGAUCCCCCCGUCAUCGCUCCAAAUGUGACAGACAGACUGAGGGAGCCUCUGGUGGUCAAGGCUGGGAAGCCGCUGACAGUGAAGGUCCCCUUCCAGAGUCACCGACCCGUUCAGGCCACUUGGAGGAAGGACGGGGCCCAGGUGGAGGGCGGCAGCCGCGGGGGCGCCCAGGUGGCCCUGAGCGAUGGCGUCACUCGGCUGUGCCUCCCCAGCACCAGAAGGAAGGACGGCGGCCAGUACAGCGUGACGCUGAAAAGCGAGGGCGGCUCUGUGCAGGCCGAGCUCACCGUGCAAGUCAUAGACAAGCCCCAGCCCCCACAGGGCCCCCUGGAGGUGCAGGACCGCCAUGGGGCUGGUGUCUGCCUCAGCUGGCGGCCCCCUCGGGACGACGGGGGCCGGCCUGUGGAGCGCUACGUGGUGGAGAGGAGGCAGGCCAGUCGGAGCACGUGGCUGAAGGUGGGCGAGGCCCCCGCGGACAGCACCACCUUCACCGACGCCCAGGUGGAGCAGGGCAGGAAGUAUGCCUUCCGCGUGAGGGCCGUGACCUCGGAGGGGGCCGGGGAGGCCCUGGAGUCUGCGGAGGUGCUGGUGGCUCCUGAGGCACUCCCUGGGCCCCCUUCCGCCCCAACCAUCCUGUCGGCCUCCAGCCGGGGCAUCACUCUGACGUGGACGGCCCCUCGGGGCCGCGGCCGUGUCCACAUCCUGGGCUACGUGAUAGAGAAAUGCAAGAAAGGCAGCAAUACCUGGACAGCAGUGACCGACCAGCCUGUGUCUGAGCGGAAGUGGACAGUGGGGGACUUGCGGCACGACUGCCAGUACGAGUUCCGGGUCACGGCCGUGGCCCCCGCCGGCCCUGGGGAGCCUGGACCCCCGUCGGAUGCCGUGUUUGCUCGGGACCCCAUGAGACCGCCCGGGCCCGUGAGGGACCUCCAAGUCAUAGACACGUCGAAUACCAGCAUCACCGUGCGCUGGGCCCCGCCGGACACCGAGGAUGGCGACGAAGCACAGGGAUACGUGGUGGAGCUGUGCAGCUCAGACAGCCUCCAGUGGACCCCGUGCCACCUGGGCACCGUGCCCGCCACCACCUACACAGCCAAGGGGCUUCGGCACCGAGAGAGCUACUUCGUGCGGGUGACAGCGGUUAACAACGGGGGCCGCGGCCAGUCCACCGCGCUGGACAUGUUAGUACAAGCCAUGCCCGCUUCCGUGAGUCCCAAGUUCCUCACGGACGCCUUCAAGGACUCGCUGAUGGUCAGAGUCGGGGACACCAUCCGCGUGCCUCUCUCCUUUGAAGCGGCCCCCAUGCCGGAGGUGACCUGGCUGAAGGACGGCCUGCCCCUGCCUAAGAGAAACGUGACCUCCAGCAAGGACGGCCUCACCCAGCUCCUGGUUCCCGCGGCCAGCCUCUCGGACACUGGUUUCUACACUGUGGUGCUGAGGGGCCUGCACGGGGAGGAGGCCACCUACUCCUUCCAGCUCAGGGUGGCAGAUUACCCGCAGGCCCCCGGGCCCAUCAGCUUGCAGGAGAACGUGCCUGGGACGGUGACUGCCGAGUGGGAGCCGUCUCCGGACGAGGCCCGGGGCAUCCCUCUGCACUACACGGUGCUGACACGUUCCUCCAGCCACGGCUCCUGGCGCGAGGUGGCCGAACGCGUCCACACCAACCGCUUCACCCUGCUGGGCAUCGUCCCCGGCCACGAGUACCACUUCCGCGUGGUGGCCAAGAAUGAGCUGGGCGCCAGCAUGCCCUCGGACACCAGCCAGCCCUGGUGCAUCCCACGGCUGCGAGACAAGCUCACGGUGAAGGUGCCCAGCUACCGGGAGCCCAACCUGAGCCAGAAGCCCUGGUUCCUGGUGGGCCUGCGGCCCCACGUGCUGCCGCCCGGCUGCGAGUGCUGCAUGAGCUGUGCCGUGCGCGGCUGGCCCCAGCCCCACGUCACCUGGUUCAAGGACGACCAGAGCCUGGCGGGGAACUCUGGGGUGUACAGCACCGACAUGCUGGGCGUGUGUUCCCUGGUCAUCCCCAGCGUCUCCCCCAAGGACAGCGGCCAGUACAAGGCAGUGGCUGAGAACACGCUGGGCCAGGCUGUCAGCACAGCCACCCUCAUUGUCACAGAACCCAGCUCCUAGCUCCGCCUCACCCUGGGAUGGCCCUGCCCGGCCACACGGCCACGAUGAUGACAGAUGCCUGACGCCGCACUCCCGACACCCUCACUGGCCUGGAGAGCCAGGCCCCACAGAUGGAGGACACCGGCCGUGCCCAGAACCCCAGGGAGAUGGGGGUGAGGGGCUUCUGGGAGGUUUCACCAGGAGGCCAUGGAGUCCUUGGGGAAGGAAAAGAAGAACGGGCGACCUUUGGCCUCCCCACCCCAAGCUACGCCACAAACGGGGUGCCAGGGACCCACUCCCACCAUGUGGCCUCUCUCCUCUCCACCUGAGGAGACCCGGGAGGCCCCGCUUGCAGGACGGAGGCCAAGCUCUCCUCUCCUAGGCCGCGCCCCCUGUGGGGGACGCGCUGGGCCCGCUGUGACCACAGAGAGGAGCGGAAGGGAGGUGCCCGGACCUGGGUGGGGCCCGGGGCACGGAGGGCACGCGUGUGGGGUGAUUUCUGUACUUUUCUUCAUUAAAACAUUAGGCAAAUAGAGGCAAAUCAUUUGCAAAUGA